AUGGCAGAGAAAGCAAUAGAGCGGGUUGCGUCCAAGGAUUUGGGCGGGACGAAAGUCACUGAUAUUGCAUUCACUACUGAGAGCGAUGUCUCCAAUGAACUUCAUUUUGCCCGUCGUGGCGAGGAGCUUGCCGAAGCCUCAUCGAGCCAGGAAAGCAUUGAUGGCUACGACCCAGAAUUGAUGAGUGCCAGAACAUUGCUCACAGCAGAAGAAGAGAAAAAGCUGUUACGCAAGAUUGACUGGCGAUUGAUGACACUUUGCUCACUUAUCUUCAUGUUUAAAAACUUGGACAGCAAUAAUGCGUCCAAUGCUCGAAUCAUGAAUGAGGGGACGGAUCAAAACAUUAUGACACAACUCGGAAUUACAUCUAAUGAGUACAAUCUGGUGACAGUUUUAUAUUAUAUCCCAUAUAUUGUGCUAGAAGCACCAUCAAAUCUGUUGCUCAAAAGAUUCUCACCCUCCAAAUGGCAGUCAAGGAUCAUGGUGAGCUGGGGUACUGUUCUCAUGUGUAAUGCUGCCGUGAAAAAUAAGGGUGGCCUCUUCACCACGCGGUUCCUGUUGGGCUUGGCCGAGGCUGGACAGUUCCCUGGUGUGAUUCUUCAGAUGACUUACUGGUAUCGCCCGGAUGAGAUGUCCUUACGAUUGCUCUAUUUUUAUAUUUGUGGAAAUGUGUCGGGUAUCUUCAGUGGCCUUCUUGCCUAUGCCUUUGAUACUGUCUCUGGUGCAGGGGGGCUUUCUGGUUGGCAAUGGUUAUUCCUCACCGAAGGCAUCGCGACCGUCAUUUUUGGUGUUGCCAUCUGGUUCCUUCUCCCAGACUUUCCGGAGACUGCGAAGUGGUUGACCGAGAGAGAAAAGAAAUUUAUUCAGGCGCGACUACCAUCCAACUCUCCCCGUGCCAAUGAGCAAAACUUCAACUUCCGCGAAAUCAUAGACUCACUAAAGGAUAUAAGACUGUGGCUGUUUACAUUUAUCUGGGCCACCUUUACCGUUGGAACGAACGGCGUCACCUUCUACCAGUCAACAGUGAUCGCUGACCUCGGCUACACGAGCAUCGCUACAGCCCAACUCCUCAACAUUCCCAUCACAGUCUGCGGUCUCCUCUUCAUCGCCGCCACUGGAAUCACAGCAGACCGCAGCCGAAUUCCCCGACCGCUAUACCCGCUCGCAUUCCUUCUCAUCAUCAUAGUCUGCUAUGGUGUAUUUGUCGCGUACCCAAGUAAUGGCGCAAUAUACGCUGUGACACUCAUCGGAAAUGCUCUGACUGCAGGGUGGUACCCCGUCAUGUGGCCAUGGCGAGUCCAGACAACCUCCCGAUCUACCGGCUCCGCGUUCUCCAUCGGCUUUGUCAACAGCUACGGCCAGAUUGGGGGUGCGAUCGGUCCGCAAAUAUUCAAGAGCAAGUACGCUCCCCACUACACGGUCCCUUUCUCGGUGGCUAUGGGGCUUGUGGGUCUUUGUGCCAUCUUGACGCUGGUCACAUGGUGGGUGACUUGGGAUACGGAGCGCGAUACAAGGAGGCUGAAGCUGGCUAAAAUCGCAGCGGAAAGGAGAGGCGAAAUUAUUUUGGAAGACGUUGUGGAUAAUGAUUUGAAGAACCGUUAA